AUGUUCCCGCAACAACCACAACCACAGCCACAGUCACAGGCGGCAGCUACCCCACCAACAACUGCACCAAUAUCAAUGUCAACAGCCACGAAAAUCGACCCAAAUCAACAGCAAAGCCAAGGUCCAGAGGCCAGGAAAGCCUCGCAUUCUGGCCCUCACGCCCUCACUGCGCGAUCAUGCAUUACCUGUAGACGGAGGAAGGUCAAAUGCGACAAGCAAAUCCCAUGCUCGAAUUGCACCAAAGCGGCAACGCAAUGUGUCUUUCCGGCGCCUGGUCGUGCGCCUCGAAGGCCCAGAGCUGGCGGGAAAGUCGUGAGCGACAGGGAGGCAGAGCUGUUGAAGAGGCUAAGGAGACUGGAAGGAGUGGUGGAAGAGCUCAGUGGGCAGGUGGAAGUGGAGGCAGUAAAGCAAUCACCCGCGAGCGAUCAUUCCUUCCAGCAUAAAGAUAUCGAGCCGGCAAUAGACUCGGGGUCGAGAUCGGCCCAUGUCAGAGUCGUGGGAAUGGACGAGGGUACUGGCACAAAGAAAGAAUGGAUUAAUAGAGCUUGGAGAAUAGGAGGCGGUCCUCCUAAAACUGCCUUUAUUUCUGGGCCGGAGAAUACAGAUGUCGGUAUGGGCAGAUUGGUUGUCGACGAGGGCAAGAGUCGAUACGUAUCACAUCCUUUUUGGAGCCAAAUUACGGACGAAGUCGAAGAAAUUCGGGAGAUGCUCGCCGAUCAGGAUUGGGAUUCAGAUUCAGAUACACCGGUUUUGCCAUCCGCUGCGGUGACGGAAUCAAAUCACCAAGGCUUCAUCAUGGGCUACAAUAGUAGCGAUGUCGAUAUUAAAAGCCUGCACCCAUUGCCGUCUCAGAUACCCUUUUACUGGCAAACAUUUCUCGAAAAUGUACAUCCUCUGGUCAAGCUCCUACACGCGCCGACGAUGACAAAAACGAUCAAGGAUGUCCAGAAUAACCUGGACAGCUUGGGUAAAAGUACUGAAGCGUUGAUGUUUGCUAUAUACUUUGCUACUAUAACUUCUAUGAACGGAACCGAGGUCAAAACAAACUUCGGUGUUUCGAAAGCGCUUCUACUCAAUCAGUAUCGGUUCGGAACAGAGCAAGCGCUCGCAAAGGCCGGACUACUUAAUACCAACGAGAUUGUCACAGUGCAAGCUUUCGUAUUAUUCCUAGUCUGUGUUCGACGGCAUGAUGACACUCGCUUUGUAUGGUCAAUGACCGGACUAGCAAUCCGAAUAUCCCAGGCUCUUGGUCUUCAUCGGGAUGGAUCGAAAUUUGGCCUACCCCCCUUUGACACGGAGAUGAGAAGACGAUUGUGGUGGCAAGUUUGUAUUCUCGAUAUUCGUGCCUCGGAAGACCAUGGAUCGGACCCGUCUAUACUCGAUUAUUCGUUUGAUACCGAACUCCCUAUAUCAUGCAACGACGAGGACUUAGACCCAAAUGAUACAGAGCCGCCUAUUCGUCGUCAUGGUGUUUCCGAGAUGACAUUUUGCCUGAUACGAUAUGAGAUCUGCUUUCUAACGAGGCAACUAUCAUAUGUCGCACCGGGGAACGCGCCCUAUAAAGCUGAAACCUUGACAAUUGAGGACAAAGAGAAGCUCGUCAGGGACACCGCCAACCAUUUGGAAGAAACCUAUCUUCAAUACUGCGAAGACGCUGGCCCUUUGUACUGGGUUGCAGCUACCGUGGCCCGCUUGAUUACUGCAAAGUUUUCUCUUAUUAUCUAUUCGCCUCUAACAUCGCCUGGAAAACCGAAUACUCUCUCUCAAGAUACGCGCGACCGACUCUUCAUGGCAAGUAUCGAGAUCAUCGAAUACUCCCGGGUUCUUCAAGACGAAUCAAGCACCAAACAAUGGGGCUGGUUAUUUUCUACCUAUGUUCAGUGGCAGUUGGUUACCCUUUCCUUUGUCUCGCUUCCUAUGUUCUACGAUGUUAGGCUCUUGAAAGAUGCCAUAGCGUAUAUUCUCGGGGAGCUGUGCACGCGACCGAAUUCGACCAUCGUUGAACGAGCGUGGCGAACUAUCGAUACUGUGUUCAAGGAUUGGGAUUCAGCAAAUGCACACGGCAAGAGCGGCAUGCUCUGGAAGCCAUUGAAAAAGCUCAUGACUAGAGCGCAAGCGCAUAAAGCACGCCAGGACCGUGCUGCAAAUAACACUGGAAAUAAUAUCGGCAUGGACGAAUCCCUAAUCACGCCUUCGCCUUCAGGUUAUCCUAGUACGAUGCCUCCGCGCGAUCGUCUGAUGCCGCAUUUAACAGACACUACAAAGGAUCCCGCUGGAGAGCUAGGCUUUAGUGCCGGUUUUCCCUUCCAGCUUCAAGCAGAUGCCGCUAUGGCAGAAAGUGUGGGGAUUGGUAUGCUGGCUCAUGGACAGAUGCAGCAGCAGUUCCAGCAGCAGGCAACACAUGAACAGACGUGGCUGACGGACGAUGGUGCAUUGGCUGAUUUGGAUAUGGCGGAAGGCGAUGUAAAUUGGGAAGCUGGGACGAUUUGGUUAAAGAAUUUUCAACGGAGACCCAGCCUCUGGAUCAAAGGGGUCCGGCUUUAG